CGAUUGCCCACUCACCACGAUCGCCUCAUAUAUACAUUCAGUUGUACUACAAGUCUCAGUUGUACCGGGAUCGCCGCACUGUCAACGCAGUUGCGGACAACAACAACUUGUGGCCAAGGCACAGGCUCAACCUCCGACCCCGCUCCGUCUGCUCUUUGGCUGGCCAACGCCGGUAGCUCCCUUCCCUACCAAGCCUCAACCUGCUUUUGUACCCCUUGAAAAAACCCCUUGCUGUUCGUGCUGAUGACUUGGGAAGAAUAUGACCAACGAGAGGCACAAGAUAACUACUCAUCAUGCUCCGGGCCAAGCGCACCUAAACUGAGGAAGAGGCAGACAUCUUCUCUGCGAUCCCAAAACACAGCAAGUACCAGUGUUAUCGCUCUGAAAGAGUAUGAGACCCGUUUACGCUCCGUCUCCGACGCUGCUGCUCAAACCCCAUUUCUCUACGAUGCUCCCACCCCACCCACUGCCUCGUUCAUUGGAUCCAAGCCCCCCGAAGAGGAGAGCCAUGUCCAGGUCGACUUCUCCGUGUAUACGAAUGCUAUCUUUGGAUCUAACCACAGAUAUCCUGGCCUCGAUACCGUUGCUGACGAUAUAGCUCGAAGUGACGAGUUUUCUCGAUAUCGAAAGACAUAUCUUGAGCGAUACUGUGCCAAAAAGAAUGCGCCUUUAUCCUCGGAAGUGCCUGACCCUGACGUGGAUCUAAUGCGAUUGUUCAACUUUGUUGUUUGGAAAGCGCCAUCAUUCGGGUUUUCUCACCAAUAUGCUCACGAUAUCCAUUAUGGGAAACGUCCGGAAGAGCUUGGCACAGUGCGGCCGAAACACCCAAUCCCCCAACCUCGCUGUCUCGGUGUUGAAUGUGUCGCAAUAAAGAAUAAGGAGCUUGGUUUCGAGUUUUCGAAUUCAAUACUCGUUAUCGACUGCAACCCUAGUCUCGCUCCCCCCCCUCUCGUCGACUAUGGGUUUCCCCGGGCUGAAAGCGACACAGAGUACCUGUCUCGUAUUCCCGUGGAACCUCGCUACGAUCAUUCCCCUGGGGGGACGAAAAGACCUCGUGAUUUUAUACUCAUAGGCUCAGCUGCCACUCGCCGGCCAUCAAAACGUCGAAAACUGCGACAUCCGCCCUCCCCUGUGGCAUCCUCUCCCCUUCAUCCAAAUCUUACCCAGUAUGCUACGGAAGCCAUUUGCAUCCCUGGCAAUAGGCGUCAUGUUCUUGGUCUGCAUGUCGAAGGUGGAAUGUUACAGUUCUGGUACUUUGACCGUGCUGGUUCUGUCUCUUCGAGUGCGCUUAAUCUUGAGAAAGACGAACAUCAAAUUGUCGCUACUCUCCUUCAUCUCUCUCUCGCGAACAAAGCGUGCUUGGGCUACGAGUCCUUCUUCAAGCUGUCUAGUGAGAGGGGUGGCCGGAGAGAAUGGUGGACCGCUGAAGGCCAUGAGAUUGAGGUUGGAGGCGAGCACUUUAAACUUGCUGAUGUCGUCCAUUCAGCAUCAUCUUUAUAUGGGCGAGGAACUACAGUCUAUGGGGCCCAAAGGUUGCAUGGGCCUGAAAAUGAUCCCGCCAUACCCAAUUCGGUCAUUGUCAAGUGUGCUUGGCAGCCAAUAUUGAAACAUAAUGAAGAUGAGCUUUUUCGAAUCGCCCAUGCACGCGGAGUUGAAGGUAUCGCUAGACUCUACGGCUCUACCAUUGUUGGCCGACUCUCGGAAGGGACACGCGGUAGAUUGUGUGACCAGAGAUAUUAUCAGGAUCGCGAACUCCGUGUCCAGGUAAUGGGACCGCGUUGUGUACCACUUUACAAAGUCAAGGACCAUAAUCAUUUUAAGAUGGCGUUCAUAUCCUUGGUUCAAGCACAUCAUGAUUUGUACGAAAAAGCAGGUAUUCUGCACCGCGAUAUUAGUAUCAACAAUCUGAUGGUGGAUUGUGGUGAUCCCUGUAAAGGCAUCUUGAUUGAUCUGGACAUGGCGGCUCUUGACAGGGAUCCAGAUACCGACGUCCUUCUGGAUGUUCCUGCAUUACCGGGUGCAACUUUACCAUUUCGCUCUAUUGAGCUUUGUUACCCUGAUCCUCUUCCACGUACUCGGUAUCGACACGAUCUCGAAUCCUUUUUCUUCGUGCUAAUCUGGAUGGCACUGUACCGAACCAAAGAGUCGACUGAUAGUUAUUUUUCGCAGUGGAGUGCAGGAAAGUGGUCCGAGAUACGUAUGUACAAGCGGGGCUUCCUGAUACUCCCAUCAAUCGCAUACUUCCCAGAUUCCUUACCUCUGAAGGAGGAGUGGAUUUUACCCUUGUGGAAGGUGUUCAGUGAGGGAUACAUGGCCAAAAAUAGUCACUAUUCGGGUGCUCAGUCAACCGAGAAAGCCACAUUCGAGGAAGAAACACUAGAUUAUCACGUCUCGCAUAACAUUUACAUGAAGAUACUCAGAAGUUCGUAGCACAAAUUUCACCCCUCUAACGCUAUCAUGAAAUUUUCAUAAGUUAUGUAAUUCCCUGCGGUUCCGCGGU